AUGGGCCGUGACGAAAUUCCGGCCGACGCGCGACCCCAUACAUCUUGGACCUGAACAGGAUCCGGGCCUCCUUGUGGCCCAUGAUGUUCAGGUCCAUAUGAGCUGGGCUGGAGCGUUUUAAAUCGAUCGUGGAGACGGGCACUCGAAGCAAGUAGGUUAACAUGAGAUGGCAAGCACUGUCCAGACUCCAGAAAGUAUGUCCCUGCAUUUGAGGAAACUGCUGUAUGCCUUCAUCAAAUACAGCACAUGCACAUCGCAUCGGUGUGAUCUUUGAACUGCUUCAACAAUAAUUCUCAUGAAACCAACUCGCUACGCAGCCUUAAAUUACCGAAGAAAUUAAAGAAUUUUGCAUCAUUGUGCAGGGGAGAGCCAGGAGCCUUACCAAGUCCAGAUUUUCAGGGGGUGCCAAAAGUAGACAAAAGACUAGGAGUAUCGAGUAUCGACAUUACACUGUGGGUUUGGAGCUAAAGAGGGCUUAGUUCAAGCAGAAAUAUUUGCGACUUGGUACGUUGCGUCCCAUAGCCUCACUCGAGCAAGUAAGAGCAGGUGCAGAGUCAACCAAUGGCAAGGCGUGCUUUAGUUGGUGUCAACAAUGAAUUGUCAAAGCCACCUAAAUCAACACCCUUGCCCCGUGCUGCAUGAUUGACCAAACAGACCAUGUUGGUUUUGUUACCGGAAAUAAAUCUUCUUUUGCCAAGUAUAAGAAGGUCUUGCCACAUGCAGGUUCUCUCAAGCAAUAAGCAAUUAAUCAGGCAUUCUCACACCUCUGAGUUGCAACGAUCGCUUAGAUUUAGCAACCAAAAUUGCAGUAGUUAAUUGUUGUUGCCACACUCAAGCUAGCUAGGUGUACUAGCAGCUGCUUGCUGUUCGUGGUGCGUACGUGUCAUGACGAAGGACGGAUCAGUGAUGGAGCACGGGGAGAUCAGCUCGAAGGCGCCCCUGGUGGCGCCGGUGGCGGCCGGCGUGAACCGCGCCGUCGCGGUGGUGGACACAUUCCUCCGGUUCAUCGCCAUCAUCGGCACGAUCGGCAGCGCCAUCGCCAUGGGCACCACCAACGAGACGCUCCCCUUCUUCACGCAGUUCAUCCAGUUCGAGGCCAAGUACAGCGACCUCCCGUCCUUCACGUUCUUCGUGGCGGCGAACGCGGUGGUGUGCACGUACCUGGUGCUGUCCAUCCCGCUGUCCAUCGUGCACAUCCUCAGGCCCAGGGCGCGGUACAGCCGGCUGUUCCUCGUCUUCUUCGACACGGCGAUGCUGGCUCUGCUGACGGCGGGCGCGUCGGCGGCGGCGGCGAUCGUGUACCUGGCGCACAAGGGCAACGUGCGGGCAAACUGGUUCUCCAUCUGCCAGCAGUUCGACUCCUUCUGCGAGCGCAUCUCCGGCUCGCUCAUCGGCUCCUUCGCCGCCAUGGUCCUGCUCGUCGUCCUCAUCACCCUCUCCGCGUUCGCGCUCGCAAGGCGCCACUGAUCAUAGACGUACGUACGUACGAUACGACGACCACCAUCCUGCAGCCAGCAGCCCGGCCGAUCGACCAGCGCGAUCCAUCGUGCGUGCACCAAUAUUAAUGCACGUCUUUUUUGUUCCUUUGCUUCCCUAAUUUAAUUAGCUCUGUGUGUGUUUCCUUUCAUAAAUGUAUAAGCAAGCCCGUUCGAUAUCUUUGAUACAGUUUGGAUGUGGAACUCUUAGCAUAAA